GAAGAAUAUAAGUGCUACAUAAUUUGUCAUAAGACGCGGCCAUGGUGAUUUUAUUAUUCACCUUUGUCCUCGGAAGUAUCGUGGUGGUAUAUAUUUAUCUAACCAAAAAUUAUAACUAUUGGCGUGACCGUAACAUUCCGUGCGCGAAGGGCACACUUCCAGGAUUCGGGCAUACGUUGCCGUUGCUUCUCAUGCGAACAACUCUGAUUGAUUUUCUUCAACGGAUCUGCGACCCUUAUUCUGAUCGCGGUAUGGUAGGUUUCUACCUUCAGACGACGCCUGCGUUGGUGAUUCGCGAGCCGGAACUGGUAAAGACUGUCUUGCAGACCAACUUCGCAAGAUUUUCCAGGAACGCAUGGAAAAUCGAUCCGCAUCUGGACCUUCUGAUCGCUGCGAACCCUUUUUUCUCUUACGGCGAUACAUGGUUGAUAGCCAGGAAACACAUAGGUGUCGCAUUUACUGCCAGAAACUUGAAAAUCUUUUUGAACUGCAUCCAGCAGGUGUGCAACAAUCUUGAAAAUUAUCUGAACGAGAAGCUAAAGGCGAAUAAUAACACGAUAGAACUCGAGCUAUGUAGUCUAGCCAGCAGAUAUACUAUUUCACUGGCGGGUUCUACUAGUUUCAACGUGGAAAAUGUGAACUUCACAAACGAGUCAAACGGGAUGUCGCUGAACAAAGUAACCAAGAUGAUGUUCGGGACGGAUUUCAUCAGUCUGUUAACGCAGAGUUUAUGUUUCUACUUUCAUUAUUUCAAAAAAAUAUUAGGAAUACCAUAUAUACCCGCAGAGGCUAAGGACUUCUUUUUUGGCGUUGUAAAGGAGAUAGUGCACAUUAGGCUACAGGAGAAGAAUACGCGUAAAUUUGACUUUUUGCAAUUAAUGUUGGAUCUGGAAGAAAUCAAGGACUACAAUGUGCUUACUUCGCUUGUUUUCACUUUCUUCAUGAAUAUGCAUGAUACGUCGAAUGUGACACUAGGCUUCGCGGCUUAUCAAAUUGCACGUCAUCCGCAUGUUCAGCAGAAACUCCACGACGAGGUGAGGACUGUCCUCGCAAAGUAUGACGGCCAAUUGUCCUGCUAUGCGCUGAAGGAAAUGACGUACAUAGAUCAAGUGAUCAACGAAUCGCUAAGACUCUAUCCUCCUGUGCCCUGCUUCGGCAAGAUAUGCACUGAGGAAUCCGAACUGAAGAGUUCGGAUGGGCUCAGCUGCCGCAUACAUCCCGGAACAGAGAUCUUCGUGAAUGUCUAUGAAAUGCACAGAAACCCGAAAUACUGGCCCAAUCCGGAUGUCUUUGAUCCCGAUCGUUUCUCCUCGGAAAGAAAGACGGAAAUCGAGAAGUACACUUUUUUGCCGUUCGGUGAGGGUCCGAGAACCUGCGUGGCAAUGAGAAUGGCUAAGUUGCAGACGAAGGCUUAUCUAGCUAUGAUCAUGAAGAAUUACAUUCUGGAGUUAUCGCCUAAGACGCCGGAGGAGCCUCUCGAGCUUUUGCCAGGCAGGUUUCUGACGAAAUCUGUUUGUGGUUUAUGGGUUCAUCUUAAGCCUCUUUAAUUCUCUCUUUGUGUUAGAGUAGUAUUGUAGAAAAUAAUGAAUAGAUAUUAAUAUAUGCGAAUAAACAUAUAUUUACAAUUACCAUUCUUUAUAAAAAAAAACAGAUAUUAUGCGUUAAUAUUAAUCAUAACUUAUAUCACGCGUAAGUUCUUUGUAAAAGUCGAUAGUUUAUAGUAUUUUAGAUCUUUCUCUCGUAAAUACAUAUUUUACUAUUAUUUCUUAAACAGUCAUAUAUAAGAAUAAUUAAUCAAACUUAAUAAGAAUCAUACUUUUAUUUAAGACUCAAACUUUUUUAAUAGCACAAUCGACUAUCUCCGACAGACUCCUUGUAAUCAACUUGAAAUUAUUUCCAUACGAAGAAUCUAAUCGCAGCCAGUAAACAGAUAUUACAGAAAGCAAUGCUUCAUUCUCACGACAUAUACUUUGUAUGUGUCAGCUUUUGUUAUCUCUCUAGGAUAUACCUUGUUGCGAAUAUUUCAUGCAUCAAGAUCAGAGGCAUUAUGACAGUCUCACACUCAUUAGAUGACAUUUGAUUGCAUAAUGUAACCUUGGCCACAUGUCAGUUGCGCUGUGCUGCGCAGAUUGCUUCAAUACAUACAGUGGCUGACGAAAGUAUUCGAACGGUUAGAUUUCUUAUCUUUAGCACAUAAAAUAUGUAUGUAAUAUAUAUAUGUAUGUAAUAUAU